GUGAAACAAUCGCGUUAAAAUUUACUGAACUAUUACAUUGCUAUUCAAAUAACUCUUGAUCGCGCUAAAUUAAGUGGAUCUUGAAACUGAGCUCUCUUUACCCUUUAUUGCAGGAUGAAGACGCAGUUCAUCCUGGUAGCUUGCUUGGCAAUAGCGAGACAAGCACUUGGUACUCAAGUAUACGAGACGCCGAGUGACUCCCCGCAGCAACAAUGGAAGCCAUGGAGAAACCAAGACUCAGUCCAAGCCUCGAGCGGGGAACAAGAGAAAUAUAAUCCCGUUACAUUCGAAGCAUCUGACACGCAGCAGUCACAACAAUCGCCGAUAUACAAUGCGAACAUACAAUCGGGUGCCAGCGGGGUCGCUGGCGUUCUUAAUCAGCAGUCGAUCGAGUCUGUAAUUGACAAUAUUCUCGUAUCUAAUCGCCAAGGCCGCAAUCUCGAGGGUUACGACGAGAUCUACUCCGAUCCUGAUGUAAAGAAUGCUCUUCAGCUUGGUAACGAUACCAUUGCGCGUACUUACAUCAAGGAUAAACUUUGCUCUCUCGGCUUAAUGAACUGCGAGGAAGUAGAGGGGCGACGUCCUUACUAUCCUCCGCAUCACGACAUUCAUCCGCACGACGUCAUUUACGCUCAACCGGUGACAAUCAAGCCAGUGGGCCGUCCAUUACCGGCCGUACCUGUGAAACGGCCUUACGGACCAGCAAAACCCGUGCCAUUGCCACCGAGCUUCGGUUCCCCAUUGGGACCCAACGUUUUCCCUGGAUCUGGAUCGACGUUUGGCAGACCCCCGCCCAGCUUUGUCGGGCCUUAUCCCGGAUUCAAGAAACCCGGCCCCCCAUUCAUCUCGAAACCAAUUUACGAGCAAGCAAUCGAUAUCGAACCUGAUUUCGAAGACAAGUUCAUUGACAAGAAACAGGUGAUUCUGCAUCAACCAGGUGGCUCGGCCGUUCAGCAGCAUGUUCAUCAUCAUUAUCAUCACGGAGACGCUGUCGGGACCGCCGGUGUUGCACAGAGCCCCGUUGUAAUCCCAUCUCCAACGCUCGGUGGUAGCGGCGGGUUCGGCAAUUACGGUUAUGGAAACGGUGGUACUUACGGCGCCGCGUACAACGACUUCGAAGACUACAAGAAGGCAUUCAAGAUUAAAACGCCUACGUCCAACAAUGUCCCGUCAGUCUCCUUCUCAUCCUCGAAAGGCUAUGCCGAUCGUUAUCCCGUCUACGAGAAGCCAAACGGCAAACAGUUCGGUGCCGGGCAAACCCAGUUCGGUACUGGACAAACCCAGUUCGGUGCUGGACAAGCACAGUUUGGUGGCAAUAAUCAAUUUUUGAGUAAUGGCGGCUUCGACAAGGAUUAUCAACAGUUAAACAACGGCGCCGACAGUAACUUCGGAGCCUCUACGUCAUACGAAGAUUGCGUGUGCGUGCCUUACGAUCAGUGCGCCACGAUCAACCAUGUAGGCCGCAAAGAUGACCUUUACCUUGCGAUUGAUCCGCGCAAUCUCGGCAAAGACAUCGAAGCCGAGACUGUCGAGGUGGUGAUCACCGACGGGAACGGUACCAUGAGUGUGGUGAGGGUACCCAAGGGAGUAAACGAGACCGAGCAAAUCGAACAGGCGAAAAACGAGCAGACGGAGGAAGCAGCCGCCGAAGUUACGAAGCGGAACCGCAGAGACGUUAAGCACGUUACCAGAAAGGACGACAAGCAAGAAAUACAGGAAAGACUGACGAUACCAACCGGCAAUCUGGACACCUCGAAACUGAACGUGAAGCCGACUUGGGGCGUCAGUUUCGGCCUACCGCAGACCGGUGGUCCGAUCGCGCCUCACCCUGGUUAUCCCCUAGGGGUCCCGGGGUACGCUCCGGGCUACGGGCUGGUCGGUGGACAGGGAAUAAACCUGGGUCCGGUGUCCGUGAAUCCACUCGUGGCGGUGCAAGUUACCAAAGACGAGUAUGGCGAGAAGAUCGUCAAGCCAUAUGUAAACUUGCACGUAACGCCCAAUCCGGGACUCAUUCACAAGCUGGGUCACUUGCUAGCUUAUAAGAAGUACGGUCUGUACGGCGGGCAUUACGGGGGAUAUGGCGGGCAUUAUGGGGGAUACGGCGGACACGGUGUUUACGCGCCUCAUUAUCCCACCCACCACGAGAAACCGAUCUAUCAUUAUCCUUCGCGACCCCCGUAUCAUCCGCAACACGUGCAUCAUCCCGAGCACUAUCCGACCUACCACAAACCUCAGCAUCACGGCGAAUACUACCCCGGCGGAUAUUACAGAGACGAUAAUAAUGACGAUUACGACGACUACGAUUAUUCGGACGCGGAUUACGCGGAUGGCUACUACAGGAGCGCUCGCGGGAGAACCGCGUCGACAAAAGACAGCGGACAAUCCACGGGUGCUAAGAAUGAUUCGUCGCAGAGACCAACUGGCGAGGGUGCACGACAGACGAGUGGGAGGAUUACCUUCGCGGACAGAAAGAAACGUGACACGGCGGCGUUUAAUGAAACGACGGAGAGACGAUACGGACGUCCACCGGUUUGCGGUUCGCAUCACGUUUGCUGUCGAAGAUCGCACAUAAUAGGGGCACGUCCGCGACCAGGCCAAUGUGGAGUUAGGAAUACGCAGGGCAUCAAUGGUCGUAUCAAGACGCCGGUCUACGUCGACGGAGACUCUGAAUUCGGAGAAUACCCAUGGCAAGUGGCUAUCCUGAAGAAGGACCCUACCGAAAGCGUCUACGUUUGCGGAGGCACUUUGAUCUCGUCGCGUCACAUCAUCACCGCUGCUCACUGCGUAAAAACUCAUGCCGGUCGUGACCUCCGCGCACGAUUGGGCGAGUGGGACGUGAACCACGACGUCGAAUUUUAUCCCUACAUAGAACGCGACAUUGUCAGUGUGUUCGUGCAUCCUGAAUUCUACGCCGGCACCCUCGCCAACGACAUCGCUAUUCUGAAGUUGGACCAUGAUGUUGAUUUCGGAAAGAACCCUCACAUAAGUCCCGCCUGUCUACCGGACAAGCAUGACGACUUCACCGGAGCAAGAUGCUGGACCACCGGCUGGGGCAAGGAUGCGUUCGGGGAUUAUGGAAAAUACCAGAACAUACUGAAAGAAGUGGACGUACCUAUCGUCAGCAAUCACGUGUGCGAGCAGCAGAUGAGGCGAACGCGCCUAGGACCCAGCUUCAACUUACACCCUGGCUUCGUCUGCGCCGGUGGUGAAGAGGGCAAAGACGCCUGCAAGGGUGACGGUGGUGGCCCGAUGGUCUGUGAGCGUCAUGGCCACUGGCAAGUAACCGGCGUUGUCUCCUGGGGUAUCGGCUGUGGCCAGGUUGGCGUGCCUGGCGUCUACGCUCGCGUUUCCCAUUACCUUGACUGGAUUCGCCAGAUUGUGGACUACUAAUCAGGCAACAAUUGGUUCGAGCGUUAAUCAGGCGUACUUCUCAACGUCCGGAAAAAAUCUAGCGGAAUCUUAAUUGUCAAGAAAAUUAUCAUUCGACGUGUAAAAUUGAAGGAAGUGAUAACUCAGGAUGUUUCGAUUGUAAAACGUCGUACAUAUUUAUGUAUGCAUAUUUAUACUAAAAUAUCGUUUAGUUUCAUUCAUUUAGGGCGACCAUCUUACAAGAGAUAUUUAUUUGGUCGUUAUUCGGACAUAAUUCGUCCUUGUUCUCUUAGGAUAGAGAUCAUCCUUCUUUAUUUAAACGCCUAACUUAUUGUACAUAGCACGUAGGUUUCUAGAUCACGUUGCGUGCCAGGUUGCGCGAUCUCGCACAGCCCGUUCGCGCGGCACUGACUGAUAAUACGUACAUUCUCAAUUCGCGAAACAUGAUUCGAGCGUUCGGAUCGUCCAGUAAUGCAUUUUCUUUGCAACGGCUUGUAUAUUUAUCAGUGUAAUAAAUGACUUACGUACUUACACUUUA